AUGCAAAGUGCUAAUAAUAUAUCAAAUAUUGAGGAGCUACUUUUUUUUUUUGAUACUCUCAUAAAUGACGGAUAUGUGGUUACUAUUUUUUUUAUCAAACACGUAUUAAAAUUAUCCUCUAAGUUGUCUCAAAAACUCAUACAGUACUAUUUUGAAAAAAGAAGAAAUGAAUUGCAUGCCACUUAUAUGGUUGAAGGGUACCAAGAGGAUAGGACAGAAUACAUUUGUGCAAUUAAAAACGAACGGGAUAUUUUAAAAGUACAUAAACAAGGCAAUUUUAACGUAAAAAUAUACAGUGUACAAUCAAACAAAAAUAAAUCCGAUUUAUCCGUGCUAUGGAAACAAGAAUUAAAUGAGAUAAGCAAAUUACUGGAAAAGAAGGACUUUAAAAGUCAAAAGGAAAUUCCUCGAAAUUGUAAAUUCACGUACGUUUACAUUUAUAGAUCCUUUAGUACCGAACUGGACAAAGAAAAAGUAUACAAUAACGAAUUACAAUCAAAUGCAAUAAACAGUACAUCACAGAUUAAAAAGGAAGUAAGGAAUGAUGCCCAGAAUGAUGAUAAACAAAUUGCACAAGGAAAUAUAAGUGAAAUUGAAGGUAUUACAAAGGUCAAUGUUUUAAAUGAGAAAAUAUAUAAGAAAGAAAUAAAUUGCAUUAAGUAUAAAAGAUCUGAUAAAAAUAAUAAUGAUAUUGAUAUUAUUAGAGCUCAUAAUAAUGAAAUAUGUUGUUAUUAUGACAAUAAAAAGGAGGGGGAGAUUCAAGAUAGUAAUGAACAGGAUGUGGAAAAGGAUAAACAUAACACAUUAAAUACACAUGAUGAUGAAAAUAAUGAAUGGAAAUCUUUCAGCCCACACAAGAGACAAGGCAAUAAUACAAAGGAUGACGACAUGAACAAUUUAAAAGAAAAAAUAUCUACAUCGAAAAAAACAAAAACAAAUAAUGAUAUUUAUCCUUUUAAGGUAAAGAGAGAAAAUGUAGUAUCAGGCUCAGUAUAUAAUAAGGAAAAACAAGCAAUAUAUGAAGAGAAUGUGAACAGCUCAAAUGUGCCUAAGAUUAAUCAUAGUGAAAGGAAUACCCCCCUCAAAAACUCGCUUGAUAAAAAAGAAACAGGAAAAAGAAAAAAAGCACCAAGUGAACAAGCAGAUGAAGAAAAAGUGAAAGAGACGCUGGUGGAGACUUCAGAAAAUAGUAAAAAAGCAAUGCUGUUUGAAUCGGAUUCAAAUGAAAACAAUGAUGAACGCAAAACAGUGAAAGAGGAUGAGGUAGCCAUGAAUGUGCUAAAAAGAGUUAAACUGGGCAAAGGAACUGAACUGUUUUACGAAAACGGAUACUUGGUUACCCUUGACAAAGAAAUACCUACUAAUGAAAUAUAUUCAAAACCAGAUAUAGAUAAGUGUAAAGAGAAUGUUAAGGAAAGUUCACCUUAUCGAAAUAAAAGUCCAAGAGCCCUCCAACAAACAUUAUUAACGUAA